AAACAACAUUAUGUCUUUCAACAUCACGAAGGCACGCGAGCGUUUCCCCGCUUUACAACAAGACCAGGUCUUCCUUGACAACGCGGGAGGUAGCCAAGCUCUUGGAGAUGUGAUCGAUUCGAUAACUCAGUAUCUCUCAAAAACCAACGUCCAGCUAGGCGCUUCGUACCACACCGGGUCCGUCUCAAACACAAAGUAUGAGGAGGGCUAUCAGGCGGCAGCGAAGUAUAUCAACGCUGGCCGGGAUGAAAUUGUACUCGGAGGCUCAACAACCCAACUCUUCAUGAACCUCGCCGGUGCCCUCCAGUUUAAUGAAGGGGACGAGAUCAUCCUAUCCAAGAUGGAGCACGAGACGAAUGUCAAGCCAUGGCUAUUCAUGGCUGAGCGACUCAAGCUCACUGUGAAGUGGUGGUAUUCCUCCAAAGAAGACGGCCUCAAACUUACCCUCAAUAACUUGAAGCCACUUCUCUCGCCGAAAGUCAAAUUCGUCGCUUGUACCCAUGUCUCCAACAUUCUCGGUACUAUUCACGAUGUGAAAGCGAUUGCAGAUGUAGUACACGAGGCGGGUGCGUUAUUCUGUGUUGAUGGCGUGAGCUACGCACCGCAUCGAAAGGUUGAUGUGAAGGCUUUCGGGGUCGAUUUCUAUUCCUUCUCAUGGUACAAGGUCUACGGGCCCCACAUCGCCGUGCUGUAUGCUAGCAACAGCGCACAACAGCACGUCAAGCCCAUGGCGCACUUCUUCAACCCCACCAAAACCCUCGAAGACAAACUGGGCUUUGCAUCUUCUAACUACGAAUGUGUACAAUCUAUCCCACAGAUUGUCUCAUAUCUCGACGGCGCGUUCGACGACAUCGCUGAACAUGAAGGGAAACUGCAAAAGAUCCUGCUCGACUUUCUCAACUCACGGCCGGACAUCACAGUUCACGGAUCUACAUCUACCGACUCGAGUGUUCGUGUGCCGACCAUUUCAUUCACUGUCAAGGACGUGAAUUCGAAGAAGAUUGUGGAAGAGGCAGAGAAGGUUUCAAACUACGGGUUUAGGUGGGGCCACUUUUACUCCAAGAGGCUGUGCGAUGAGGUGCUCGGCCUAGGCCCCGAGGCUGUUACUAGAGUUAGUAUGGUGCAUUAUAAUAGCGAGGAGGAGAUUCGAGGUUUAGUAAAGGUGCUGGAGCAGAUUCUACCUUAA